AUGCCGCCCAAUUUUUCCUCAACGGAUCCCGCCUUUGCGACCCAUCGCUUUCGCGUGCAGAGGGCUUCGCCGGAGCCGCCGCCACUGCCACGGAUUAGAGAUACAGCUGCUCCAACUGCAGCUGUCACCCGCCCAGCAUGCGACCGGUGCCGUCGACUGAAGAAGAAAUGCAGUCGGAAUCUACCAGACUGCGCGGCGUGCAUCCAUGCCGGGCGGAAAUGCUCGUAUCAGACGCUGCAGGCGCGCGUGCAGGAGUUGACGCAGUAUGUCACGGAGCUUGAACAGGAGCAGGUUACUGUUCCGAUUGCACGGCAUGAGCCUGUUGAGCCUGGCGGUGAUGCGAGUUUGAGUACCGCUGUUACGCCUGCGCGCGUGGAGAUUCCUGACCCGAGUGUCCUGGUUGAUGCGUUCUUCCACCAUGUGUACAGGGCGUAUCCGUUUAUCGAUGAGGAGAGGGUCAGGGGGGUGGAGGUUUCUUGCGUGCCUGAUUCGCGUGACACCGACGCUAUUAUUCUGUAUAUGGUCAUGGCGAUUGGGUAUACCAGUCUGGAGCGCUCUGGCAAGGCUCCCCCCGGUAUUACCGCUGCGUUUGAUAUCCCGUAUGCCGAUAUCAUGCAGAGGUGUAUCAUGGAGGAGGGGAUUGACUCGAUCCAGAUCCUGAUGCUUGUUGCUCUGUAUUCCCUCUUCGAUCCGACAGGUCCUUCGACUUGGUCCAUUGUGGGCAUUAUCACGCGGCAAGCAAUGGCGCAAGGUCUGACUCGACCAGGAGUCGCAGGGGAGCUAUCGCCAAAAGAUGUCGAGCUGCGUCGGCGGCUGUUCUGGAGUAUCUUCGGACUCGACCGGAUGAUGGCUGCGUCGGUAGGCGUGACGCCUGGGCUGGUCGGCGACGAGAUGGAUAUCCCAUUUCCUGCCAUCACAGUUGAGGAAUUUGCGUCGAUCAAGCGGGCUGAGCAUGCCUCGAUGCUGCAGGUCAGUCGGCAUGUUAUCGAGCUGCGCCAGCUGGAAGCAAAGAUCAUGGCCACCGUCCACCUGCAGCGACGAGUGGCAGUCAGUGCACUCACCCAGGCAGACCGCAGGACUAUAACGGCGAGAUUACGCUCGGAGAUCGAGAACUGGUAUAGCCAUGGCUGUUUGAUCUCGCGGCCGGAGUUGGAUAACGUCCGGCUGCAUGAUACGAUGGGAUGGCUGAAUGCGCGGUAUUACCAUCUCCUUCUCAUUCUCUAUUACCCAUGCCAGUUCAACUCUGGUUCUUCAGCUCAAGGCACUGCUCGGGUUACGGCGUUGCUCGAGCUCGUCCGCAAAUUCAGCCAGUAUAAUCGCGUCCUGCUCAGUCACCAGCAGCUACCCCUGAACCGGGUGACGCUGAGUCGACUGUUCCCGCCCUGUCUUAUUCUGAUAUACUGCUUCUCCCACGGCAGCACAAGCAGUUUCCACGCGCGGAACGAGAUCCGCGCCUUCGUCGACAUCCUCGACAACUUUCCCGACUCCUGGACACACGCAAGACGCCUCGCUCGGAUCCUCAUCGAGCUCGAUGAAGUCGUCGCCGGCCACGAGACCUACCCCCUGGAAGUAAACAGGGAGGAAUUGCUUCGCUCAUUGCGCCAGGAGAUGGUGUCAUUGCUCGGUGAAACACUCGGCAAGGCCAGCUGCUACCAGGACCUCAUCGACCACGAGGAACAAGAGGGCGGCAAUCUGUCGUAUGCACGGGCAGCGGACGAGUCACCAAACAUGUCUGCGCCGCCGUUUCUGCCCGGUGAUCACGAUUCGAGCACGAUUGUAUGCUCGUUCCUGUAG